AUGCGCCUAUCAGGAACUCAGGCUCACCAUGAUGCUGUGGAAGAAACGAGCGCUCAUGCCAGCUACCAGGUGCUACAGUUUAUCAAGGAAGCUACCACCCCGGGGGCUGCGGUCUCCCCAUCAUCAUGCUGCAACAGCGCAUCGCUCUCAGAGGGCUCCUCCAGAGGCAGUCUAGACUCGUCCGACGGUGGUCGGAUGCAGUCGCCGGUCGCGCCGCGCUUCAGCAAUCUGCCGCUCCGAGAAAGCCCCUCCAGGGUGGGCCAAUCCGAGACUCCGGGUGGCGGCCCUCCACUACCUCCGGAAGGAGAUGGUGCGGAUAUCCACGGUGAAUCACGCUCGGACGAGGAAGGCAGUAGCGUUACCCAGCUUCCCGCCCCAAAACGCAGCAGGCGCACAGCAAAUACUCAACUGCCGACGCACACCGCUGAGACGAGCAGAAAGGCCGCAUCCUUCAUGGCCGAGCAGAAGGCCGAGCUGAAAGCCGUUCGAGCCCGUCAGAGACGCGAACCCGGCAGAGCGCGCUUGGAGGACACGCUCGACGAUGUCUUAAAGGCGGAUGUGGAUUUCGACCCUCGGCACUGGCAUUUGACGGACACCAACUUCAUCCGCGAAAAGACGCCCCCUAAAGCGAGGGACACCCAUAAGCAGAGCACGUUGCCGGAGUGCCUGACCUCCGCCCAAUCAGCAAAAGCGGUUCAGCCACCAGUCGAAGUCAGCUGGAGGACCAAGGCGCAGAUCAAACCUACGAAAGAGCGUGACAGACGCGCACACCCGCAAGUCGAGCAUACGCCGGCCAUGAGCGAGCAGGCCGCGGAGCUGAUGGCCAACAACAGAGAGGGGCUCCGCGCCUACGAGCCAACGUUUGACGCAAGGGGCGAAAGCAUCGAGGACACCAUGGAGGGCUCCGCAGACGGUGGUGACUCUGAGGCAACCGACAGCAAGCGUGAGGACGUGAGCAUGUGCGUGCAAUCAACACCGGAGACCGACGCUGCGGGGCAGUAUUGGUUUACCUCGGGGAAGCCGCUGGAGCAGUGCAGACGUGCAAUGGAGGCUCGCAGUGACGCCAUCUUGAUCGCCUGCGACGUGACAAAGGACUCCGGUGCCAAGAAAUUCGGGAGCGUCCUCGACCCGGCCGCCCUGCAAGAGUACGUCACGCGCCGCAAGGAGAUGGGCCUCGGUCACGCCAAUCUAUACGAGGGCUUGACCGAGGGCCUGCCGACCAAGCUGUACGCGGACAUCGACCUGCGGACCGCAAGCAAGGUGCAAGGGGACUUCGAGCGGUACAAGAGACACUUGGACGAAGUGAGGGACGCCUUCCUGGUGGACGUGGUGGGCAUACCGCUCGAGAGCAUCCGGUUCGAAGCCAGCGAGGCCCACGGGGAUGCGGCCGACGGCGGGUACAAGUGGAGCAUCCACGAGCUGCUGAGCGGAUACUACCUCGAGGACUUCCACGCCCGCGACGAGUUCAAGAAGGCCUUUGAACACUUCCAGAAGCACCUUCCCGCGCAUCUCUCGCACUGCGACGAGUUCCUCUGGCAUACGCCCGACCCCCAGAGAGGCCCGAAGCUCAUCUGGGACCCCUCUGUAUUCGCCAAGUUCAAGUGCUUCCGGUUGCUGUACUCGCGGAAGAAGGGCUCGGACCGGCCCCUCUUGCCCGUCGAUGGAUGUUCGACGCAGCUGGUGGACCAUCUGGUGGGCAUCUAUACGGAGGAGGAGCUCGCGUGCCAGCUGCCUAUCGACGUCGGAGCGCUGGAGCGGUACAACCGGGAGGUCGGGGUGGAUGCAGGGGAGCGCCGCGAGACCCCCCGCCGUCAUACGACCCGGGUCGCGGUGGAGGGGGGCUCAGCCGAAGGCGGCACUCGGGAGGACGCGGAGGGAGCGCCCCUGACCGCGCACGAGCUGGAGCGCCUGACGAGCGUUUACAGGGAGGACCACCCCGGGGCGGAGAUCCGGACCACUCUGCAGGUUGCUACAGAUAUCUUUACCCUCCAUUUCCAUAUCCAGCAGCCGAUGUGCCGCAUCCUUGGGGCCGCGCACGACAGCGACGGGAACAACGGCGGGUACCUUGUUUACAGGCGGAGCGAUCCGACGGUUGCCUAUUACAAGUGCCACUCCGCGAGGUGCAGCGGCACCGUGCGGCGGUUGCAGCUGCAAGUCCACCAGAUACCCGGGUGGUCUCAAAACUACACGGACACGAGCGGCAUGCUGCCUUACCCCUUGUUUGAUAUCGAUCGGAGGGCGCCAAAGCGCACGAUCCUCGUGACAGCUAACAAGGGCAUAGGGAAGUCGAAGGCGAGCUAUGAUUGGCUGUGGAAUAUGCUGCAGAAAAACGAGGGCGCAGGCGUCGUCAUCAUUGCUGCCAACAUCGCCCUCGCGAAGAACCCGGCGAUAGUCAUGGUCGACGAGGCGGACAUGGUCCUCGCCAACUGCAACUCCGACGUGAUGACGAACCGGAAGAAAGUCUUCAUGGCCGCCGAGCGCAUCACGGGGGACGCCCGCGUCCUCAUCGCGAUGGACGCGCACAUCGACUGCGCGAGGGUCCUCGAGUGGUUCUAUAUGGUCCGGCCGGACAGCGAGCUGCACUCGAUCCAGAACGCCGGCAUACACCCGAGCCAACUGGGGAGGACGGCCACCAUCUGGCGCCUACCGAAGUUGAAAAACUUGGAGCUCACGUGCGCCCCGGCCGUCGCGCGUACCCUCGAGCUCCUGAAGAGCGGCCUGAAAGUCGGGGCGCCCUCGGCUAGCCUGCGCUACGUGAAGCAGCUGACGGAGGCCGCCGCUUUAGAAUUCGGGCCAUCGAAGGAUGUGAAGGCAUUCCACGGCGCGCAGAAAUCUCCGGAGGACAAGAAGCGUCUGUUUCAAGCCGUGGCGGAACCGGACGUGCACAUGCUGGCGGAUUUGAUGACACACACGUCGGUCAUAGGCCCGGGAGUAUCGGUUGGAAGGCCUUGGUACGAUACGGUCGUGGCGCUGGCUUACAACAGCUCCUUCCACCCGGACGUGUUUGCCUUCAUCCAGAUGCUCUUUCGGCUUCGCAUCGCGGGGCCCAUGGACAUAUUCCUCAGUGCCGACAACCCGCGCGACUGUCAGCCGGCGUGCUUGCCGACAACGAAGGAAGACGUCUUCCGAGCGAUCGAGGAUGAGGACGAGGAACUUCGCAAAAUGCUAGGGUCCACCGACCACCUCGACUUUCUUGUCAGACGACGCGGCAAGCGGGCGAUAUGCAACCGGGAGUCUGCCACGUGCGUGUUGUACGCCAACAACGUGCUCGCGAGAUGCGACAGCAUCCGCCACUACCUGAAGAUCAUGACGGAGGAUCUGCAGAAGCAGGGACUGACGGUCAUCGAGAAGGGAGCACCGUGUGUGCUGGAGGAGUCGCAGGACGUCGGCUUACUAGAGCUGAAUCAGAUCAAGUUGUACGAGGCGAUCCAUGAGUUCUACAAGGUCGACCCCGGACUGGUCGACUUUGACUUCUUCGAUGAGUUCUGUGGGGAGGACAACAAGAACCGUGACAUGUAUGGAAAUUACAUGAGGUUCCGCAAGCUCUCCCGCGACCAGAUUGCCGCGGGGCUUUGCAUUCCACUGAAGGAAGCCGAUGCGGUGGGCGUUACUCAAGACUAUGUGACGGAGCGGGACAGGCCUCAGAACAAGGUGCUCUUUGCCCGUGACGUGCUGGCGGACCUCAUGGGCGUGAAGGACUCGGAAGGAGGAUCGCUUGACGGGGCACUUGACAGCUACGAGGUCACGGAGUCUUCAAUUCAAGCCGCCUAUGCGGCGAAGGUCGGCACGAGCCAAGGGAGGCUCGCGAAGGUGCGCGGUGACUAUGGGAUACGACAGAAGGCGGCGCUGGACAAGCUGACGCCGAACCUGAAGCGGAACGUUGUCAAGAAGGUCAUCUCCAUCGGGCUAGGCCUCGACUUUCUCUUGAGCACGACUAGCAAUAACAAGUUCGUAGGUCCGCACGUCUUCCAACCGGCCCUCUGGAGGGAGUUGCAUGAGCGAUAUGGGGAUACGCCAAGUAGCUCAGAGGCGGACGUUGCGCUCAUCGUGAUCCCGUCAUAG